AUGUCACAGUUUCUUCGUGAUAAAAUGGGGCUAACGACAGAACCUUCUGCGGUUGUGGAAAUUCAGGGAGCUGACACUUGUAGAGCAGGCCCGGAGGGUGCAGACAAGUCCCCCGCUGCGAGGCUGGAGGAGGAGGAAGCCGUGCAGAGGUCAGGCCCCCACACUCAGGACACCCCAGGCAAGGACGUGCUCCUUUCCUGUACCAUCUCUGGGGAGAAGCGGCCGUCAGAGCCCCCUGGGGAAGGGGCUGGGGCUGAGAGAGCCUGCCAGCGCCCCAGCCCAGGGGCUCUCCGUGAAACCAGAACCCUGGCCUCACCUAGACCCCAGCCUCAGGGGCAAGGGCCUCCCUUCCCGGGGACAGAGGGGAGGCCGGGGAAGAGGCCCUACUCUCCAGCUGCCGGAGAGCAGAAGCCUAGCGCUGUGGGCCCGGCCUCGAAGGCAUCUCCCAGAAGCACUAACCCGGCUCGGGCCGCGUACAACCCCGUGCCUUGUGGGUUAGGCCGGGGGUCCUGCCACAUGGCCAACCUCCUCAACACACUGGCCCAGAACAACCAAAACAUGGAGCGGGAAAAGAGGUCCCCGGAAGUGGCCUGCCAGGUCCGGAAGAAGACCCGCACGCUGUACCGCUCGGACCAGCUGGAGGAGCUAGAAAGGCUCUUCCAAGACGACCACUAUCCAGACAGCGAUAAGCGCCGGGAGAUCGCCCAGACAGUGGGGGUCACUCCCCAGCGCAUCAUGGUGUGGUUCCAGAACCGCCGGGCCAAGUGGCGAAAAAUGAAUGGGAAGGAGAGUAAGGACGCACCUGCCGGUCCCGCCCCUGCCCCCGCCAGCAACCAGUGCAGCUCUGUGGCCGAGCUGCCACCUACCGAGCCCACGAACCUGGAGCCUGGGACCCUCCCUCAGGAUUCCCUCCCAGAGCCGUCCAUGCUGCUGACAUCUGACCAGACUCUGGGCUCAAACCUGCAGAAUGAGGGCUCCCAGAGAGGGCCUGUGACCCCACCACUCUUCAGCCCCCCACCUGUCCGAAGAGCCAACCUCCCCUUUCCCCUCGGCCCUGUCCACGCCCCCCAGCUGAUGCCACUACUGCUGGACACCCUGGGCAGCGACAGCAGCCACAAGGAUGGCCCAUGUGGGCUGUGGGGAACAAGCAUCAGUCCACCCCCUGCCUGCUCAUACUUAGAGGACCUGGAGCCCCAGGAGCACCAGCCCAGCAGCCAGCCAGGACCGUGCCCCUUCUCCCAGACCCCCCAGACCCAGUUCUUCCAACACCCCCAGCCCCAGUUUCCAUACCUGCACCCCUUCCCCUUGCCCAGCUCGCUGACUCCACCGCUGCCUGAAGACCCUCUUUUCGCCUUGUCCUGUGGCCCCGGCGGGGGCUCAUCCCAGGGCUAUUGCCCAGGCCCUCCAUCGGGGCCCGUCCUGCUGCAGCCGCCGGCCGGGAACAUGGGUCCGGUGCCCUGGGCUGACCCCUGCCUGCCAGACUUGCCGUUCCCCGGCGCCUUCUGUCCGCAAGCUCUGGGGGGCCCCCCGGGAGUGGACGGCUGCUUCCUGGACCUGUUUGCUGCCCCUUACACGCAGGCUUCCGGUAGGCCGCCUUCUCCCGGCCUCGCCCAGGUGCCCGAGAGCACCCCGCCUGCAGCGGGACGGGCCCCGCUCGGCCAGACCCAGGAGGAACCACCGGCCGCCCCAGGGGAGCGGCCCCCGGCCCCCGAGGAAGAAGACGAGAGUAGCCGUGGCCCCUAG